UCUUUUUGCCAACCACUAGUGGACAAAGCAUGGGACUCUGCAGCAAGAGAUGAGUGGCGUGGCGGCUGCCUGCCUCUGACUUACAUUUGUAUUAUUGCCCGUCUUCCUUCUCACCUUCAGGCAUCUGUAAAUGGCUAAAUCGUUGGUCCGAUACUCAGUGGUGGACGCCUUCACUGACUCCCCAUUCAAGGGGAACCCGGCGGCAGUGUGCUUCCUGGAGGAGGAGAAGGCCGACGACUGGCUGCAGGCGGUGGCCACCGAGUUCAACAUCUCCGAGACCUGUUACGUCACUCGCACAUCGGGCCCGGCAAGGUUCGGUCUCCGGUGGUUCACCCCCGUCGCCGAGGUCGAGCUAUGCGGUCAUGCGACUCUAGCUGCUGCUCACUCUCUUUUCUCAUCUGCUAGCGUAGAUUCCGAUGUUAUCGAGUUUGAGACCUUAUCGGGGAUUCUAACUGCUAAAAGGGUACCUGAGAUCAAGACUCCUUGCAUCUCAGUUACCCAGAAUGGGGAAGCUGCCCGUUUCUUUAUUGAGCUGGAUUUUCCGAUGGUCCCAGUUUCGGAUUACAGUGGUGGCCAGUGGGCAUUAAUCUCCAAAGCAUUGAAUGGCACCUCGGUUAUCGAUAUGAAGAUGACAGCAGCAGAUGACCUCCUUGUUGUUUUCUCAUCAGCUGAAGAAGUUGAAAAUUUCCAGCCUCAGUUUGAUGAGAUAGAAAAGUAUCCCGGAAAUGGCCUUUUGAUAACAGCAGUAGCUCCCCCAGAUUCCAGUUUCGAUUUUUACAGUCGAUUCUUCUGUCCAAAGCUCGGAAUUAAUGAGGAUCCUAUCUGUGGGAGUGCACACUGUGCCUUAGCACCGUAUUGGUGCGAGAAACUCAGGAAGGAUCAAUUUAUAGCAAAUGCGGCAUCUCCUCGAGGUGGAGUACUGCACCUGCAGCUCAACAAGCGGAACCAACGAGUGCUGCUGCGAGGUAAAGCUGUUACUGUAAUGGAAGGCUCUCUUCUCGUUUAGUAAGUCAUUUGAAAGGGAAAGGGGGUGUCAAUGAAGCUGAUCGGAUUGGUGUAGUAGAUAUAUAAAUAAAUAAAUAUAUAUAUAUAUAUAUAUAAUAUAUCAUGGGCUUAUUAUGGACUCGAUGUAGUAGAUGUCCUUUGCUCCAGUUGAGGUGUCCAAUUUAUAGAAGCUUUAAGCACCUUCCAACUAA